AUGGCACCAUUUGAGGCUUUGUGUUGUAGGAGAUGUCGAUCUCCAAUUGGUUCGUUUGAUGCAUUUGAGGUUAGACCGGGGUGUACAGAUUUGCUAAGGGAGUCCUUGGACAAGGUCAAAUUGAUUCAAGAUAGACUUCUCAUGGCUCGGAGUAGUCAAAAGAGUUAUGCAGAUAGAAAGGUUCGUGAUUUGGAGUUUAUGGUUAGAGAGAGGGUUCUACUUAUGGUUUCACCCAUGAAGGGUGUGAUGAUAUUUGGAAAGAAGGGCAAGUUGAGUCCAAAGUAUAUUGAACCUUUCGAGAUUGUGGAGCGUAUUGGUGAGGUGGCAUAUCAGUUGGCUUUGCCACCUGGGUUGUCAAGUGUCCAUCCUGUAUUUCAUAUUUCAAUGCUGAAGAAGUAUCAUCAGGGUGGUGCUCAAGUGAUUCAAUGGGAUUCAGUGUUACUGGCUCAGAAUUUGACUUUUGAGGAAGAGCCGAUAACCAUUUUGGAAAGGAGAAUUUGGAAGCUAAGGUCCAAGGAGAUUCCUUCAGUAAAGGUUCAAUGGAAGCAUCAUCAAAUGGAGGAGGCUACAUGGGAGAAAGAGUCAGACAUGAGGAGUAAAUAUCCUCAUAUUUUUUAG